AUGAGGAAGGAGCUAGUGUACGGUGUCCUGUGUCUGCUGGUGUGGCUCAACAGAAUCAUCGCACGUCCGGCUGCGACCGUUGAUAGCAAUUUGGACUUUUUAGAGCUCGCAAGCGAACCACAAGGACAAGCAUUCUCAUAUCGAACCAAAGAUGGUCAGUGGCGCGAUGAGACGAUACGGUGGAACGAUGGGAAGCUGGUGGUCACGGGCUGGUACCGGUACACCGGUCCCGAUGGUGUUCAGUAUCAGGUGAAGUACGUGGCGGACGAAAACGGAUUCCAACCACUGGGAGUCCAUCUGCCCGGUGCCAAUCUGACGGAUACGGAUGCGUUCAGCGUACUGUCUCCGCUGACCGAUGGUAUCUCGCGGAAAGUGUUACUGUCGUUAAUCGGGUAGAAGUA